AUGAAUGAAAAAGUUGAGAUCUGUGAAUUAUUGACUGGAAGACUGGUCAAAACUGAAGAAAGUAAUAACAACCGCAGAAUGCCGAAAGACCCACCUGAUGGUGGUUUCAGAGCGUAUUCUGUGGCAUUUGGGUCGUUUAUAAUUAACGGCCUGAUUUUUGGUGUUUUGAAUUUCUACAGUGUAAUUUACACUGUUUUGAAAAACCAGUUGCUGGAUCAAAAUGUGGAAAAUGCGGAAAGUAAAGCAGCUCUGGUCGGCUCAUUGGCCAUGAGCAUGACAUUACUGAUGUCUCCAGUGGCCGGUGUCUUCUCGGAUUUAUUGGGCCUACGGCUGACUGCAUUCCUCGGGGGGUGCAUUGCUACGACCGGCCUAAUAAUCUCGUCCUUUGUCAUCGAAUGGGUGGAAGCUCUAUACGUAACUUAUGGCGUAAUGUUUGGGGUCGGUGCUUCGCUCGCGUACACCCCCUCGCUAACGAUCCUCGGCCAUUACUUCAAGAGAUAUCUGGGGCGAGUGAAUGGUGUGGUCGCGAUUGGGUGUUCCAUUUUCAUUGUCGCCAUGACGCCUCCCUUGAAAUACGCCGUCGACAGUUUUGGUUUGGAAUGGGCGUUCAGAAUCCUUGCUCUCAUGACGUUUGGGAUAGCACUGUGCGGCCUUCUUUUCAAACCGUAUAUCGACGUGUCUUUUGAAAAAUCUCUGAAAACAAAGACCACCUUUAGGAGCUCUAUAAGCUGGGAAAUCUGGAAGAUUUCUAGAUUCCGGUUAUGGGCGCUGUCCAUGCCGAUCGCUAUGUUCGGCCAUUUUGUACCUUACGUGUACAUACAUAAUUUCAUUAAAGUAAACUUUGAGGAUAGGACGUCCACCCUACCACAGCAAUGUAUAGCAGCGACGUCCGGUUUAGGGAGGUUGUUGUUCGGUUACCUUUCUGAUAGGAAAGGGAUCAAUACUGUUGUAUUGCAACAAAUUUCGUUGGGUGUCUUUGGAAUUUUAACGAUAGCAAUGCCAUUUAUUACUUCAUUUGAGUUACUUCUUGUGAUCUGUUUGGGAAUCGGUUUAUCGGACAGUGGAUGCAUUACAUUGAUAGGUCCUAUAGCUUUUGAGUUUUGCGGCACUGCGUAUGCUGCUCAGGCGAUUGGUACUAUAUUUGGAGUAUCAGCAAUCCCUUUGUCUGUCGGCCCUCCGGUAGCAGGGUAUCUUCUUAAGCUAUACAAUUCAUUUACGUUUUCUUUCGUGUUAGCCGGUUUCUCUACGGUACUAGGUGCUACUUUGAUGUUCAUCAUCAGAUGCCAUACUUGCGAUAAAGAAGCUAGAACGAACGGCCAUGUUACUCCAACGUCUGAUAUUGGUCGUCGCGGCGAAAAGAAUAUACAUAUAAUGGAACCAAAAACGAGAUGCGUAGAUGAUCUACACGGGUACUAA